AUGCCUUCCACUACUCAAACAUCCCCGUCAACCGGUUCACAAACACAAGGGAACAAUACAACAGAUCCUACUGCUAACACACAAGAAUCAUCAAAAUUCAAAAGAUUCUUAAAGAGAUUCGGCAGACGACCAAGUGAAGAAGGAAGGGAGAGUGAUAUCCAAAAUCAAACACAACCCGGAACAGAUGGACCUGAGAAUGGCUUACAAAACAACUUUGAUGGCAGAAAGAAUUCUUCACUAAGAAGCAGAAAAGGAAGUAAGACAAAUGGAACUUCCACACAAAAUGGUAAAGGCAAACGUAGCGAAUCUAUGCUCUCUGGUCGCUUCUUCCAGACAUCUCCUAAUGCUCCAGCAAUUCCUUCAUCUACUGGCGGAAGAAAUGCUCCUUUGACUGCUCCUCUUGAUAAUACCAACGUGGGCGGACUGGCUAACACGUUAACCGUUCCAGGUGAAUCGGAUGCACCUCAAUUAAGUGGUGUACCGCAACAUGAACCUUUGGUUUCAGCAGAUCUGAUCACGCCAUCUGUAGCAGCCGCAGCCGCUUUGCCGAUCUCUAUACCCUCAAAUGGCGAUCAGAAUUAUCAAACAGGUAACAAUUCAGCAGACAAUGCAGUCAUUCGUGCUGAUGAUCAUGCGCUAGCACAUCCAAACGGAACUGCGAACGAUGAUCAUGCAAACCUAAUUACGGCAAACGGGAUCAGCAACGGACAAGGACAUGUUCUUAGCCCUCAAGGCAGUUAUGGAAGUAGUCAAAGUCGUAAUGCACCUUCAUUUGACGAUGAUGAAAGUGCGGAUGUAUCAAGAGGUCGCGAUAGUGUGGAUAAUCGUACGAUGGAUACCGGAAAGAGUCGAGCAAGUACAAAGCCAACAACAUUGAUGAGCAUGGAUACACGUGAAAAUGUUCAAGGUAGCAAUAAUUACACUCCAAUGGCACAAAUUGCACAACAUCGACAUGGAGAAGUUUAUCCAUCUCAAAAUAGGGUUGGUUCUUUGCGUGGAGGCGAAAGUGUUCAUAAUGCACCCUCUUCAAUUCAAUUUGCAUCUGCUCCGCCUAUGGGACGAACGCCAAGCGGAACGAUUGUUCAAUUACCCGGACAAGAUGAAGCACCAGAAGAGAUGCCUUAUGCUCAUGUUCCUACCGUUUCACGACCUCAUCCAAGCAACAAUCCUCAUCCUUCUGGCAUUCCGGCCGAUAAUGCAAGUGUUUUAACAUUGGCCUCUUCUACCGCUGCUGCAAGUAUUGGCGGAGGUGCGGCUUCUUCGCGUGGUCAUCAAUCCCAUGCUGCUCCAAGCUUUGGUGGUGCACGUUCGAUCGGAGGUAGUUUGAUGGGAGAAAGAAGGAAUUCUUCCGAUACUUAUGCAAGUUUGAAAGCAUUACCGCCUCUUUCAAGACGUGGAUCAGAUUCUAGCUCACGAACAGGAAUGAGCGUAGCAGCAAGUGCGACGGGCAGAAAUAGUGCACAAGCAAUGAUGGGUACGAAUGCAGCAGGAGGAAUUGGAUUUGCCGGACCAGGAGCACCGGGAGAUCGAAUUAGUAUUCAUCGAACACCAUCACAAAAAACUGUUGCAACGCAAUUGUCUAUCCCACUUUCACAUUCUAACGUUGCUCUUGGACAACAACAACAACAAGCAGAUAAUGCUUCUAUCACUUCUCAUCUCGAUCCUGGUGCAGCACAUCAUCUUGCUAUCACGCCUCAGACGUCAAAUGUACAGUCCAAUACAUCAUCCAAUGAUGUCAGAAGUGAGGGAGAGGUAUUAUCGGAACCACAAGCGAAUGAACUACCAAGCAUUACUACCACAUAGUCAAUUUCUUGCAAAAAAGCAGCAAUGUACAUAAGUCAUACCAUACUUUAUCUAUCUGCCAUCAAAUAAUCAUCCAUGGUCUUAUUUUUUUGGCCGAAAGUGUGUUCAGAAUGAUGCAUUUGGCAAAGCAGGGUAGUAUACAAAGAUUGGAAACAAAGUGGAUAGACUUCAUCUUUCUCAUACCUGCACGUUACGAUUAUGAAGCAAAUAAGUCUUACGCGGGAAGACUUUUGGCGAAAAAGCUGGAGGCGGAACAGGGAUGAUCCAAGUAGGUGGUUGUUGUAUCUUCUGCUGAUCGUGUACAAUCCUUGCUUCUUGCAAGACAGAACUAUCUUUUGGUGUUGCCAGGUUGCAUGAUGAAGAAUUAGGUGAGAGCGAAUGCAAUGAAGCCGAUUCCGAUUCUGCCGCCGCCAAAGGUGGAGUAUGUAUACUAUAAACGAUCGAUCUUGCAUCGAAAUAUUGGAUAUCAUCAAAAGAUCGGUUUGACUGUGAUAUAAU